ACAUCAGCGUGAGAGGAUUGAGGAACUCGAAUAGACGCGGCGGAGGUAGAUCCGGGAGAUCUGCGAACUGCAUAAUCCUCUCCGAUGGCGGCGGCAGCCCUAAGGUCUGCUACGAUGAAGAUGUGCCGUCGCGCCCUUGAUCGACGGGCGUUUUUUACGGCGGCGGCCGUCAAGGAGGAACAGAGGCAGUUACUGCCAAGGUUUAGUCAUGGCGGGGGCUUACUUCGCCGGUUAACCUCCUCCGAAUCACCAAACCUUGCUAAUAACAAGCAUGUAGGCAAAACCGGCCCUCCAAGCACCCCCCCAAGCGAGCCCUUGCCGCAUGAUUCGAAUGAGUUAAUCCGUAAUCUACACCCUGACACGCUAGUGAGGGUCCCUGUAUCAUCAGAUCCAUGGUCACUCGACAACCCCAGGUUUUCAUACAAUCUACUCAAACUAGGUGUCGGGAUGAUUGUGUUCUGCGCUGCAGGAAUCUACUUCGAGAACAAGUUUUUAUUCGGUGACUUUAUGCCUGAAAGCAAGCAGCAUCAGGAGAAGGAUGAUUAACUAAGUCUCUUAGUUUCCGUGAGCAAUCAUAACAAUCAUUAUUAUGAUUGCUAUGCCAUCUAGCUUGUUUGUGUGUAAGUAUUCAUGCUCAUGUAUGGAAUCUCCUCGUGUGUUGGGUCUCUGA